UGAGGGGAAGGAUGCUGGGAGUGACUGCUGAGUGAACGGGGGCUUGGCGGUGGGCGAUGCUUUGUUGUGGAGGAUCGGGUGUGAAUAGGGAUGGAGAGGGUUUGGUUUGAGGGCGAGAUGGGGCGCUGUGAGGGGUGGGGUGCAGAUGCUGUCAAGUCAACUGUGUUGAGUUUAUUGUCAUGUUUUCCCUCUCCCCCUUUGGCCCUGGUGCCCUAAGCACGUGCUUAGUCUGCUUAAUGGUUAAUCCGCCCCUGGGUGGACGGGUGUAGGACAGGGUGGGCAGAGAGGAUGGAAUGGGUGGGCAGGAGAGGGCAAAUGGAGAAUGAAGUGUGCUGGAACCAGGGGAAUAAGGGGAGGGUGCGAAGGUAGCUGUGAGAGGAGGGGAUGAGCCGCUGCAAGCCGCCUGGCCCGCGUCCCGAUCCGUUUUCACUUUCGCCUGCAACCGCUGAGCGUCGGCGGCGGCUGCCGAGCUGGGGGCUGCGGCCGUGCACCGAGCGAUGGCCACCGCCACCGUGUCCCUGAGCCGGGACAGUCUGGCCUGCCCCAUCUGCCUGGAGCUGCUGAACGAGCCGGUGACACUGCCGUGCGGCCACAGUUUCUGCCGGGGCUGCAUCGGCCGUCACUGGGAGAUGCAGCAGAGCGGCGGCUGCAGCUGCCCGAGCUGCCGGCGUAGCUUCGAGCCGCGGCCGUGGCUCGGCACCAGCACGCUGCUGGCCCAGAUCGUGUGCGGUCUGGCUCAGGGUGCGCCGCCGCCGGCCGCCGCCGGGCCCGGCGAUGUGACCUGCGACUCAUGCCCCCGCCAGCAGCCGCUGAAGGCCGAGCGCUCCUGUCUGCAGUGCCUGGCCUCGUACUGCCAGGCGCACCUGCAGCCGCACCGACAGAGCCCGGCCUUCCGCCACCACCGCCUGGCGCCGCCGCUCCGCGACCUGGGGCUGCGCCGCUGCCCGUUGCACGGCAAGCCGCUGGAGAGCUACUGCCGCACCGAGCGCCGCUGCGUGUGCUGGGUCUGUGCCCUGCGGGAACACCGCGACCACCAGGUCAGCACCGUGGAGGAGGAGGCGGCACGCAGGCAGAAGCUGAUCAUGGAACGGAAGAAGGAAUUAGAGGAACAUUUACAGAUCACAGCCAAUGAGAUUGGAAAGUGGAUUCAAAACAUUGAUUGUAUCAAGGAAUCCACCCAGCGGGUGAAGGGCGAUGCCUUGGCCAAGUUCAGCGAGCUGAUCGGUGCCGUGCAGGUGGCACAGAGAGAGGUGCUGGGGUUCAUUGAGCGGGAGCGGCAGGCGGAGCUGAACCGGGCCGAGCGGGUCAGGAAGGAGCUGGAGCAGAGGUGGUCGGAGCUGAGGCAGGAGAAGGUGCGGCUGGAGGCCCUGUCCCAGAUUGAAGACAGCAUCGCCAUCUCGCAGGAGUAUCUGGAUUUUAACGACAUUGCGGAGAAUCCUGCCUCACCCCCUUUAACAACUGGCCUGGAAGCUAAACUUGGCAAGGUGGAGAGAGCUGUCUCUGGACUCUCCACUCUGAUUAAAGACCAUGUGCAAACUGCCUGGACUAAGAACCUGGAGAACAUUGGCUCAGCAGAUGAUGAAGAACCUAUUCUGAGCCCUUCGGCCAGCAUCUCCCAUGAGGAGCCACUGCUCCCUGAAGCACAGAGACGGGAGGACCUCUUGCAAUAUCGCUGCCAGCUUACGUUGGAUCCCAGCACGGUACAGAAGGAGCUGUACCUGAGUGAUGGAAACCAGCGAGUGACCAACAUCUACCCGAGGUCGGAGGAUUAUGAGCACGGCCCCGAGAGAUUCGACCUGUGCUCCCAGGUGCUGUGCCGGGAGCCGCUGGGCGGCGGGCAGUUUUACUGGGAGGUGGAGCUGAACGAUGGCGACGCCAUGAUCGGCAUCACCCACGGGCAGAUCCGCAGGAAAGGCUCGGACAGCUGCUGCAUCCUGGGCCGCAACCUGUUCUCUUGGUGUGUGGAGUUCUGGUACAACAAUGUGUCGGCUUGGCACAACAACGAGGAGACCAGGCUGCAGGUGGGCAGAUACGGCCGCAUCGGAGUGUGCCUGAACUGCCCAGCCGGCACGCUGACCUUCUAUGGAGUCACGGAGCAGCUGGUCAUCAUCCACCAGUUUCAUGCCACUUUCAACAAACCCAUGCACCCAGCCUUCUGGGUCUACUGCGACACCACACUUAGCAUCUGCCAGUGCCCUUAGUAUCUGCCAGGGGCUACACAGUCAAUCAAGCACUUACUUUUAGUGUGUUCAUAAAGAACCUAGGAGAUGAUCAUCUAUUUUUUUUCUGCCAUCUUUGUCGAGAUAUAAAAACUGGCCCAAAUAUCAGGAAGGACUUCUCCUGGGCCUACUUGAGGUGGAAGGCAGGUAUUCCUCUGAGAAAUGCCACCUCCAGCAGCGGGGGAUUCCCUCUGGACUGCCCUGAGAAUAUAUACAGACAGUACUGGAAAUGCUCAGCAGGUCAGGCAGCAUCAGUGCGGAGAGACAGAGAGUUGAGUUGCAUGGGGGGAUUGUUUAGAUGGAUAUGACAAAGAGAAUAUCUGUGGUAGAGUGAGACCAAAUGGGUUGAUGUGGCGACUAGAAGCAGAUUACGCUGCUUUGUCUGUAUGUUAUGAGUUGCUGGUUGCACAACAGUGGAUGGACAUGCCCAACUGGUCAAACUGUAGUGGAGAGGAAAACUGAGGCAGAAUUACAACUAGAUGAUAUGUGGAAAGGCAGAGUUCUCAUACAGACAGAGAUAGUGAGUUCCCUAAAGUUGGACAAUUGGAUAUGGUAUCCUUGUAGGCUGUGGUGAGACCAGAGAGGGGAGAGGUGUUCAUCGGCUGCCCAAUAAGAAAAACACACUCAUGGUGAAAUCCAACUUUAUUCCGUUAAAUACACAGGAACAUUUCAAGAGCCAGCUGCUUGCGUCUGGCUUUCCUAACUAAUGUGUAUCAUAUUACCAUGUAACGGGUGGCAUGCACAUAUGUGUGGUGAAGGUUAUAAAUGGCAUGAAUUAAUAAGGGUUAAUCUACAAUUGGGUGUUGUGUUGGACUUUGUUGCGACAGUACAUGUGGCUGCCUGGGAAUAUUGGCUAAGUGCUUCAUUCUGUUACUGGGGCAUUGCCGAGAUGGAGGUUUCCUGGGAUGCAAGAGCACAAUUAUCUGACAUUAAAAUCUGGAGAUUGCAGAGAUAGCUAUAGAAAAUGCAGGAUUUUCCUAAUUGGGGUCCAUUCACGCACACCACAUAACUGUUGCAAGGGAGUGCUCCUCCAUCUUCAAUGCUAGCAAGCAGAACUAUCAGGCCAGACCCAUUGUUUCAGCCUGCCCUUGCCCCAUCAGGAAUCACAAAGUCACGUAGCAACUGUAUAAAUGUUUGGUAUGGCUGCAUUUGGAGUACUGUGUGCAGUUCUAACCACCUCAUUAUGAGAAGGAUGUGGAGGUUUUAUAGAGCGUGCAGAAGAAGUUUGCCUGCUGCUGCCUGGAUUAGAGGGCAUUAGCUAUAAGGAGAGAUUGGACAACGUUGAAUUGUAUUAUUUGAAGUGUCGGAGGCUGAGGGAAGGCCUGAUAGAAGUAAAAUCAUGAGCAGUAUAAACAGAGUAGUCAGGUAGUUUUUCGUGGGUGAAAAUUACAAAAACUAGAAGGCAUUGCUUUCAGAUGAGGGGAGCAAAGUUGAAAGAAGAUGUGUGAGGCAAGAUGUUUUACCAGAUGGUGGUGAGUUUCUGGAAUGCACUGCCAGGGAUGGUGGUGGAAGCAGAUACGACAGUGGUGUUUAAGAGGGUUUUAUGUUGGUACUCGCAUAUGCAGGGGAUAGAAGCGAAUGUAACACGUGCAGGCAGAGGUCAUUGACUUGACGUUAUGUGAGGCACAGACAUCUUUGGCCUGAGGGACUGUUCCAUACCAUGCUCGUUUAUGUUCUUCUGUACAAACAUAAUUCUUUCUAUCUUAACUCUCUCUUUUCUCCCUGGUACAGUCCAUUUCCACAAACAUACGUGACACUUUGCCUGCCCUCUGCCAAAUCUACAGUUUAUAAUUCCAAAACCCUAACCGGAUCAUCUUCAGGCUGGAUAUACGAUCUCUCUGCAUCUCCAUCCUACAUCAGCAUGUGUGAGGGCCCUCUGCCUCUUCCUGGAACAGGAGCCAACCAUCUGCAAACUCAUUCAUCACGCUGAACUUGUCCUCAUAUUGAACAACUUCUCCUUCAACUCCACUCAUGCCCUUCAGAUGGAAGAUAUAGCUGAGGGCAGGUACAGUGGAGCAGUGGUAAGGUUGCUGCCUUACAGCACCAGAGACUCCGAAUUGAUCCUGAAUAUGUGUGCUCUUUGUACGGAGUUUGUACGUUCUCCCUAUGACAGGGUGGGUUUUCUCCG